CAGAGGCUUUAUAUUUGGUUCCGGAAAUAUAAUAUAGCACUGGGGCCAACUGGGAGUCGAUAGGCUACUGCAGAGAAUCAUAAUUCAUUCAUGCAGGUUAAUGGUUACAGAGGAUAAAAUGGACUUGUAUGGAAAGAUGGCUGCCACUCAGGAUGUCAAAGGGAAAGGAGAGGGAGGCGACCAAAACUUUGACUACAUGUUCAAGCUGCUGAUUAUUGGCAACAGCAGCGUGGGUAAGACGUCCUUCCUGUUUCGAUACGCCGAUGACGCCUUCACGUCAGCCUUCGUCAGUACAGUGGGCAUCGACUUCAAAGUGAAGACUGUGUACAAGAAUGACAAGAGGAUCAAACUGCAGAUCUGGGACACAGCAGGGCAGGAGCGCUACAGGACCAUCACCACGGCGUACUACCGUGGCGCCAUGGGCUUCAUCCUCAUGUACGACAUCACCAACGAGGAGUCCUUCGGCGCCGUCCAGGACUGGUCGACCCAGAUAAAAACCUACUCGUGGGAUAACGCACAGGUGGUGCUGGCUGGGAAUAAGUGCGACAUGGACGAAGAGAGAGUGGUCUCCGUGGAUAGUGGUAGACUCCUGGCAGAACAGUUGGGCUUUGAGUUCUUUGAGACGAGUGCCAAAGACAACAUCAACGUGAAGCAGACCUUUGAACGCCUCGUCGACCUCAUUUGCGACAAGAUGUCCGAGAGCCUGGACAGUGAUCCGGCGGUCACCACGGGAGCCCCCACUGCCAAACUCACGGACAGCGCUCCGCCGCUCCAACAGCCUGGAUGCAACUGUUAGUGAACGGCGCCUGGAGGCUGACGGUGCCGCCUCUCUGCACUGCGGUUCAGACCCUGUUUAGUAGUAGAGUUACAAAAUGCUGUUGUAUUAUCUCCCAGUGUAAUCACCUCACAUAAAGAGCAAAUAACCAGGAAAGACAGUCAUGGCUAUUGUAAAACGUGUAAAAUCACAGGAUAUCUACAAUAUAGGAAACUAUAUUCUUGUUUUUCAGCUAGGUAGUGCGUUAAUAAAAUGAUUAUGUUUGAUAGGGCUUGAAGUAGUUCACUCAUAUUGUACAGGUGAUCCUUAAGACCUUUAAAAUCUUUAAGACCUAAAAUACAGUGAGGGGCAGCGUCAGUGAGUGCUUCAAUACGUUUUUUAUUUGAAGUGGUGAUUCUUUUUACAGUUUUUAUCUUAUUUUUGAUUCCUAAAGCUGCCAAAUGUAUGAUUUAGAGCACUGGACGAUGUAGCGGCUUUUAUUUUGUGUAAUGACUGUAACAACAUUAAGUGUGAGGCUGUGACUGUACACUAAGUGUGUGUGGAUAUGCAUGAGUGUGAGCACUUAUGUCACAUUGCCAUAGAAAAAUCAUUAUCUACCUUUGGAAAGAAAAAAAGUGGCCUUUUUUAGCAUCUCCAACACGGCCUCUGUAAGUCCCUCCGUCCUGCUAGGAAUUAAUCCAGUCUGUGUAAUACUGAUGUGAGUACCAGUCCACCCUUUAUUGUCCGUAAAUGUGCGAUUUCUCCAGUAACUGCAUCUUCCAAUUUAAAAAAAGCAACUGAAUCGUUGUUCUUGGCUUGUAAGACGACCCUUUAUUGUUUGACUCAAAGAGCAUGCUGCCAAAAAGACAAUGGUAUGUGUGUGGUGUUUUACCUUUAUGAUACGCCUUAGCCGAACCUUUCCAUCCUCAACGCCGUACAUCAAGGAAUUAUUUUGUUUAAAUCCAAGUCCCACGCUGUCAAAGCACAGUAAAGUGUUAAGAUCUAAAGCAGAGGAUCUGUUCUGGCAUGGAAUAAACAGCCAUAAUUUCUGAGUCGGCAUGCUUUUGUGCUGUUAAACUAAGUCCCUUCUUAAAUAAAAAUACUCAGAAAGAUGCUUGUGAAGACUUUAUAAAUAAACAGUAGUUUAAAAAUGGGAGAUUUCCCUACUGCAGACAUGUUUUACUGUACUGUGUUGAUGAUGAGUCCAUGUGUAAAAGUUGUAGCCAAUUAAAAAAAAAAUAGAAUAAAAAAUCCUAAAAUAUUUCAGUUCAAGUCAUAGAAUAAGAAAUACUUUGUGCCAAAACAUUACAGUUCCUUUAGCAUUGUCCGUCGUUUGUUGCAUAGUUAAAUAAAAUCUGAGAAAAAUGCAUGAAGUCAGUCCGUUAACGUAUCUAUGUAGAUUUAUAUUCUAAGAUGCUGUAUAUGUACAGUAUAUAUAUAUAUAUAUAUAU